AUGUCGAUUUCUGUGUCCGUAUUAACAUUAAUGGCUAUUUCAAUUGAACGUUAUCAAGCUAUUGUUUAUCCAUUAAAAUUUACUGGAACAAAACAACGUGCAAGAAUUUUAAUUAUAUCUAUUUGGAUACUUUCAAUAUUACUUGUUCUUCCAGAUGCUGUUAUGAUGACACUCAGUCAACAAUUUGGUGAUCGAAUACAAACAAUAUAUUUAACAUAUUGUCAAUGGCAUUCUCAUCCAUUAUUUGAUCUUCUCUAUCAAUUACACAUAUCACUUUGUUUAUUUAUUAUUCCACUUUGUCUAAUGGUAUAUACAUAUACUGGUGUUGCACGUGUUCUUUGGGGUUCAUUACCAAGUGAACGAGUAAAUCAUAAUGAAAAUUUUACAAGAAAUUCCAAUGUAUUAACAUAUUCAGAUGAUUCUCAUACUAGUAGUGCAGUGAGUUCAACAAAAUCAUCGAAUUUAAUUGUUCAAGAAAAUCGACAAAAAGCAGCAAAAAUGCUUAUAUCUGUUGUAAUUAUUUUUGCUAUUUGCUUUAUUCCAGUACAUGUUUUUAAUUUAUUCAGAUAUAUUUAUGUUUAUUUGGAAUAUGUUAAACAUCCAACAACAACUAACGAUAGUCUCAAUGAAAAUUUCGGAUGUUUUGAACCUACAACAGUUCAUCUUGUUCGUACAGAUACAAUAAAAAUUAUUACAAUUAGUGCGUUAAUUUCUCAUUUUCUUCCUUAUUUCAAUUCAUCAAUCAAUCCAAUUAUAUAUAAUAUUAUGAGUGAUAAAUUUCGUCUUAAAUUUCGUGAGCUAUUUACAUCUUGCUGUUGGUGUUGUACUUGUUGUUGCUGUUGUUCUUCGAAAACAGUUGCAAGAAUGAAAUCAACAUCAUCAACAAUGAUACAAUAUAGAACAUCAGGCACUAUACAUCAUUCAUCAAAUUCAAUCAUCAAUCGAUCUUCUAUGAAAAAUAAACACAUUAAAGAUUCAACGAGUAUAUUCAAUCAUUUUGGUGGACAUGAUAAAAUUAAUACUACUAAUAAUAAUAACAUUCAUUGUCGUUCAGUGAGUUCAGAUUUUGAUGGUUCAAAGGAGGCAGGUUAUCAUCCAUUUCCUGAAAUGAGUCGAUUUCUUAAUUCUAAUUCUCGCGUACAUCGACCAUCAAGUCGACCAACAUAUUCAUUUCUUGGUUAUCUUUGUAGUAUUGCUGAUGAUGAAGAACAAUUAGGUCAAUUUCUAGUUACUUUCGGUAAGCAAUAUGGACGACUGAUUAAAAAAAUAAUCAAAACUGAUUGUCCCGAUUAUAAUGAAAAACAUAAACGAACAAUGCUCAAGAUUAGACCAAAGAAUUUCUCACGAAUGGUUUUACGUAAUAUCAUUGAUCCUUAUUUUGAUUUUUAA